AUGUGUGAGAGUUUGAAUAGCAAGAUAGUGAAGGGUCGUGAUAAGCCAAUUAUCAGUUGCUUGGAGUUUAUUAGGGAGUAUAUCAUGAGGAAAAUUUUCAUGGUUCAAAAAGAAAUUGACAAAGCUAAUGGCCCAUUAACUCCUAUAGCCACUAAGACCCUUGAAAAAAUUAAAGAAAGGGCAGUACAGUGUAGGGCAGUGUUCUGUGGCAAUGGGAAGUACCAGGUUACAAGUGAAGGUACUAAUCAGUAUGUGGUUAAUAUGGACCAACAAACUUGUUCAUGUAACAGGUGGGAACUGACAGGUAUACCCUGCAAACAUAGUAUAGCAGCUAUAUGGGAUAUGAGGCUCAACAAUGAAAAUGUUGGAAUACCUGAGACAUGGACCAAAAAAAAGAGAAGAAGAUCUGCAACAGAAGAUGAUGGAGUAUCCACAAAAUGGAAAUCUGUAACAUGCACAAAAUGUGGAAAUGUGGGCCAUAAUGGAAGGACCUGCAAGGGACAAUCACAGACUAUGAAUGGAACAGGAGAAGGUGCAGCAGGUAGCAGUGGUGGUGUACAAAAUGGAGUUGGGAACAAAGGAAAAAGCCCCAUGCUUUGA